CUGGAAGAGGAGGAACUUAAACUUCUGUUUUCUCUGAAAUCAAAGUAAAAGUCAUUCUGAGUCACAGCAGAGCUGCAGUCGACACAACCUUCUCUCUAAAGACAAACUGAAGCUUCUACUGACAAACUCUGAAAUUGAAGAAAUGUCUGCUGCCAGCUGUGUUCAUACUGAGGAUCAGUUCCUGUGCUCCAUCUGUCUGGAUCUGUUCACUGAUCCUGUCAGCACACCAUGUGGACACAACUUCUGUAAAACCUGCAUCACUGAUCACUGGGAUGUUAAAGUCCCAUAUGAUUGUCCAAACUGUAAAGAAGUUUUCAUCAGAAGACCUGAGCUGAAGGUCAACACCUUCAUCUCUGAGAUCGUCGCUCAGUUCAGACAGUCGGCUAAACAGGAAGCCAGCAGCAGCAGCUCAAAGCAACAAGUUUCCAAACCAGGAGAAGUUCCCUGUGACGUCUGCACUGGAACCAAACUGAAGGCCCGGAAGUCCUGCCUGGUGUGUCUGGCUUCUUACUGUGAGACUCACCUGGAGCCUCACCUGACAAUGACAGGUCUGAAGAGACAUCAGCUGAUGGACCCCGUGGAGAACCUGGAAGGCAGGAUGUGUGAGAAGCACAACAACCCGCUGGAGCUGUUCUGUAAGAACGACCAGAUGUGUGUCUGCAUGAUGUGCACUAUCUUAGACCACAAGACACAUGAUGUUGUUCCUCUGAGAGAAGGAUAUGAAGGAAAGAAGGUCGAGCUGGGGAAGACAGAGGCUGAAAUUCAGCAGAUGAUCCAGAAGAGACGACUGAAGCUUGAAGAGUUCAAACAGUCAGUGGAGCUCAGCAAGAAGAAUGCAGACAGAGAGAUGGCAGGAGGUGUUCAGGUCUUCAGCGCUCUGAUGGAGACUGUUGAGAGACGCCUAAAUAAUCUGAUGGACACGAUCAAAGAGAAGCAGAGAGAGACGGAGGAACAGGCUGAAGGCUUCAUCAAAGAGCUGCAACAGGAAAUCUCUGAGCUGGAGAAGAGAAGCUCUGAAGUGAAGAAGCUCUCACGCUAUGAAGACCACCUCCACCUCCUUCAAAACAUCACGUCCCUGAACGCUGCUCCACCCACCAAGAACUGGACUGGAGUCGGAGUCCAUCCACUUUCAUAUGAGGGGACUGUGGUGAGAGCUGUGAAGCAGCUGGAGGAGACGCUCAGUGAACAGAUGAAGAAGAUGUUUGAAACCAAGCUGAAGAGAGUCCAGCAGUAUGAGGUGGAUCUGAUUCUUGAUCCUGAUACAGCACAUCCUGCACUCAUCCUGUCUGAUGAUGGAAAACAAGUUCAUCACAGUGAUGAAGAGAAGAAUCUCCCAGACAAUCCUGAGAGAUUUAGUUACCAUGCUGUUGUCUUAUCAAAGCAGAGUUUCUCUUCAGGCAGAUUUUACUUCGAGGUUCAGGUUAAAGGGAAGAAAAUGUGGGAUUUAGGAGUUGCGAGAAAGUCGAUCAACAGGAAGGGACAAAUCACAGCAAGUCCUCAGAAGGGUUUAUGGAUAAUAUGGUUGAGGAAUGAAAAUGAGUACAAAGCUUGUGCUGACCCGAGAGUCCGUCUCUCUCUGCAGUCUGGUCCUGAGAAGGUGGGUGUGUUUGUGGAUUAUGAGGAGGGUCUGGUCUCCUUUUAUGACGUUGAUGCUGCAGCUCUGAUCUACUCCUUCACUGGCUGCUCCUUCACUGAGAAUCUCUACCCAUUCUUUGAACCCUGUCCUAAUGAUGGUGGUAUAAACUCUGCUCCUCUGAUCAUCUCUCCUGUCCGUCACACUGAGUAGAACCACUACUUGAUUUUCUACACAAAGAUUUACAAUCAUUUAAUGUGAUCAAUGUAAAUGAUUGAUGGUGUUAAUACAUUUAUUCAGAUUCAGAUCUAUGGGGACCUUUUUAUUUUUACACGUCUCCUGAAUUUUAAAUGUCUCAUUACUUCUGACAAAUACAUCAAACCAAUGUUACUGUAUUGAUCAGUUUAAUCAUAUUGAUCAAUUAGUCCUCAUCACUUCUUUACUUCCCUUCAAGACAGUAAAAUCAACUGAAAACAUUUACUCAGAAGUAUUUAUACUCAUCUUGAAUGUCUGUCUGCUAAAUCUAGAAGGUUUUGAUUCUCUGAUCGAACACACAUCACUGAAGAUCAGUCAGAGAAACGUUGUGUUUGGAAUGAUUCAUUUAUUUUGUAGAUUUUAUUUUAGUGAGUUGUAAAGUGAUCAAUUUAACCUUAAUAUAAGAAGAUGUUUCUUUAAAAUACUGAAGAAAAAAUAAAAGAGAAGCCUUCAA